UGAUCCAUCUCAAAAAUAGGAAUAAAAUAAAACGAAUGCUGACGAGGCCUCCCCCAACAAUAAUGCAACCUUUCUCAAAAUUCUCAAUACAGAAACCAAAUCAACGGCCCAGAUCUCCUCCCCCGUUUCUGGCUCUCCGUUUAUCUUCCCAAUCUUCCCCAGCUCUUCACACUCCUCUCUCUCUCCCUCUCUCUCAAAUAGCCUCGAUUCUAUGUGCAUAGAAACAUAAAUCAAGGUAGAGAGAAGUGGAAAUUGAGUUCAUUUGCAUCUGUGAGAGGAAGUUUCUAGAGCAGACAUGAUGUUGGGAAAGAGAGCUCGCCCGCCGAUGAAGAGGACUACGAGCAUGACGGAGUUCACCUUGGAUCUCAACGGCGGCGCUGUCUAUCAGCCGUCGGAUCCUCAAAAUCCUUUCAACGGCGGUAUAGAUCAGCAGUACUUGGCCUCCGCCGCCGCCGCCGCAGCUCCGAGAUCGCAGCGCCGCAACUCGGCUGACUUCGUUCAAACGGCUAGUUUUUUGAGGGUUUGCUCCUUCUGCAAACGCCGUCUCGUUCCUGGCCGUGAUAUCUUCAUGUACAGAGGUGAUAGUGCUUUCUGCAGUCUAGAAUGCAGACAACAGCAAAUUUCUCAAGACGAGAGAAAGGAUAAGUGUUCGUUAACGGCGUCGAAGCAGGAAGCCUCGAGUGCCGCCGGCGAGACGGUGCCGGCGGUGUAGAUUAGCUAAAACUACCAGUUUUAUAUAAUCUAAUAUGAGAUGUAUAUAUUUCAGAUAAUAUAAAUGAUAUAUAUAUCCAUAUUGGAUAUAUAAAUAUUGCAUGUAAA